AGGUGACCCGCCGGGCUCCCCAAGAUGGCGGCGGCAGCGGCUCCUUGGUGGCGACGCGGCCGGCACUGCUGCGAGUCGAGCUGCUGAGGCGGGCGGCUGGCUCCCAGGCGGGAGGAGAGGCCAUCUCACGCGGAACAGCGGCUGCGGAGGCACCAGCCUGAAGAGGCCCGAGCGGGGCGGCGGCCGGGAGAGCGCUCAGGGCCUCCCGACGCCGCCUCUCACCCACUGCCGUGGGCUGGAGCCUGGUUGGCCGGGGGAUGUUCGUGUUGGGCCGGGGCACUCCCUCUCCUCCUUAGGGCGGUGGCAGCGGCAGCGGCGGCGGCGGCGGUCGGGGCGGUAGGCAAGGCUCCCUGGACAUGGCGCUGAGGGAGCUGAAAGUUUGUCUGCUGGGGGAUACAGGUGUAGGUAAAUCAAGUAUUGUAUGGCGGUUCGUAGAAGACAGUUUUGAUCCAAACAUCAAUCCAACAAUAGGAGCAUCCUUUAUGACCAAGACUGUCCAAUAUCAAAAUGAGCUGCAUAAAUUCUUGAUUUGGGAUACAGCUGGACAAGAACGGUUUCGUGCCUUAGCACCAAUGUACUACCGAGGCUCUGCAGCAGCUAUAAUCGUUUAUGACAUCACAAAAGAAGAAACAUUUUCAACAUUAAAGAAUUGGGUGAAAGAGCUUCGACAGCAUGGGCCACCUAAUAUUGUUGUUGCUAUUGCAGGAAAUAAGUGCGACCUUAUUGAUGUACGGGAAGUCAUGGAAAGAGAUGCUAAAGACUAUGCUGAUUCCAUCCAUGCUAUUUUUGUAGAGACCAGCGCUAAAAAUGCGAUAAACAUAAAUGAACUCUUUAUAGAAAUUAGUCGAAGAAUUCCAUCAACAGAUACUAAUCCCUCAUCUAGUGGUAAAGGCUUCAAAUUAAGAAGACAGCCUUCAGAGCCAAAACGAAGCUGUUGUUGACUGAUAUGCAGCAAUUCAGACUUAAUUAUAAAGUAGGUGGUCCUGAAAGUUAAUGGGGGUGUUUUGAGUAUAUAUGUUUUGAAUUUUCAUCUGACUGAUCAUCGUACACAGAGAGCCUACAGAAAUCGACCAGUUUGUCGUAGUAUUGUUGACUUCCCGAAGACUGCAGUUGUGAAAUUUCAGUCUGUUUACGUCUAUUAUGUAAAGAAUUUCUUGUAUUCAAAGAGAAUACAUAUUUGAAAUUUGGACCUUACUGAAGAGGAAUGUGUAAUUGUAUGGAUAGUAGCAUUAAAAUGUUUAAUAGUUUUGUAAUCAAGAUUUUAUGUCAUGUUUUGUAAAGGGAAAAUGAGCACUUUUGUGGUUCUUGAAAAAAUAAGCCUUGUAGAAAUUGUAAUUUUGAGACUUAGAUUACUUUACUUCCCAUUAUCAUUGCUGUAGUAAGCUGUACCAUUUUAAAUUUGAGUGCAUAUCCGUAGUGGAAAAAAAGAUAAUUGUUACUUUGUGUUCAAAAAUAAGUUAUUUAUAAAACUGAUGGAAAGGAUCUUAUCCCCUACCAUCCCUAAAGCACUUUUCAUUGAAGGUAUUAGCCAUGGAUGGAUACAUGCAAUGAAUUAAGAACGUUAAAUAAUCCUUUCUUUUUUUUUUUUACUAUAAUUUAUGUUUAGGCAGAUGCAUCAUUGGCACCUUUUUAAAUAAGCUCUCAUGAUCAAGAUGGUGGUAGUAGAUAACACAGCAAACUGAAAAUGUUUUGAACUGACUGGCAAUAAAAAAAAGCAGUAGCGUAAAUGCUGUCAAUGUUUUUAUUUAACCCAAAUAUUUUGGGGGGAAAAUGAUUAUUUUUUGUUUAGCACAUGUAAAGUUUUAUACUAUAUUUAUGAGACCCAUACUUAAAGCAUUAUAAAAUCUGUAAAUAAAUAGAAAAUUCAAAGUUUUUCAUUCAGUAUCCCAUUUAGUCUUACAUUGAGGCCUCUGUAUACUCAUCUAUUCAAGUUUUCUUUGAGGAAACUACUUUUUGAAGCACGUUUGUGAUAUUGUUUUGAGAAGAGUAAAUAGCGCUUGAAAUGAAAAUAGUGUAAGAUUUUGUCUGCUGGCCCCAUUGAACUGUGGAUGAGCAUAUUAGGUUACAUACUACCUUGACAGCAUCCAUAUUAACCCUGCUUGGAGCACGAGAAAGGAAGGUCAAAGCCUGAGUCAUUUACCUGAUGUCUGUAAUAAUUAAUUACUCUUUAGCCUCAGGGCAUACCUAAAGCCAGUUUUUUUUUUUUUACUGAAUCUUUAAUCUUUAAUUUUAGCAGUCCCUCUUAGUCUUUAGCAUCCUUUUAUUUUUGUCUGCUCAUGCUAUCGGUAACCCUCUCUCCCACUUAGGGAUAUAAUGAGUUUUUCAUAUAACCUAAAAACAAAGCAUUUAACUAUGCUUAUCUGGAAAAAUUUUUUCUUGGUCUAAUUUGGCAUUCUACCUUUAGUUUUUUUAAAUAAAGGAAAUGGUCAUGAUUAAGGAAUGAAACAGCUAGGGGACUAUAUACUAAAUUGUGAAAUCAGAACUACCCUUAUAUUGAACAACAAAUUUUUUAAGAAUUGUUGUGGUAUGCAUGGUAUGUAUGGAUUCUAAUGGAAAGUUAUCUAGAACAUUACAAAUAUUUUAGUUCUUUUUGACUUUGGGAUAUAUAAUAAUUAGAAUGAAGUAACACAGUGAAACUUACGACAGUAUUAUUUUUUUUUUAAAUCUUUUAGCUACUUAAUGUUUUCUUGUCAUUAGUUAACUAACAUGGAAGGAAAAUGUGUAAGCUCCUCUCUUAAAUCUGAGGAGAAAUUGGAACCUGAUGUUAACUUUACAUAUACUCUUCAUGUACUUCAACUGCUCUGUCCAUAGUAUUUCUGUUGCUUUGCCAUGCCCUUACUUAAAAAUAGCAAAAUAUAAAAGUUGUGCUUGGAAGUUGAUUGAUUCCUGAAUGCCUUUUGACCCUUCCUGCCUUUUUUAUGUCUAUAAAUGAUGAUAAAAACUUUACAGUUUUACAUUCCUGCCACCAAAUAAAUUAACUGAAUUUCAUGCUGCUAUUCUGGUUUAGUUCCUAGAGGAUGUUAGGGCACUUCAUUGUUUACAAUAAUACUGUAACAUUUAAUGUCAUAUCUUAACACAUGUAAAUCCCUUCAGCCAUUAGCGAACCAUUUCUGUUUUUGCUUUCUGCUACUUCUACAUCAUAUGUAAAAACGCAUGUAUUCCCAUGUUUUAUCAGGAUGAAUGGCUUCAAGUUUAUGCAUCCAUAACUUUUCCAUAUGCAUUUCAGGGACCUCUUUCUCUCCUUAUCCUUCUCCCUGUCACUCAUCCAUCCAAGAAACUGGCAUAAUACAGCAUAUGAUGCUCCAAAUACCAUAAAAGGAACCUCAAAUAUUCUACAACUGCUAUCCAUUGAAGACAAAAUUAUGAUGUCCCUUUUUUGUAAUGCCUUUCUGACAGGUAAAGAUGAUACCAAACUUUAUAGGCAGUGUUUUAUUUUACACAUUUUUAAGUGGUUACAAAUCAAAUAUAGUCUUAUACCAUAUUGUUACAACUAUAUUUGAAAGAAACAGUGAGAGGAGCUUGGUGUAGUAGAUUGAGAGUUGUGAUGACCUGGGUUUAAUUAUCAUCUCUAACACAUCUAUACUGGCUAUUGCAUCCUGAGAGAGUUCCUCAGCCUCUCAGUGCCCUGGGCAACUCUCUAAAAUGAUAAGUUGCAAAGAAGGCUCCAUUCUGUAAUGGGGACAGGGAGGGAGUCUCAUUCAGAGCACCCUACCUACACUAAUAGAUUGGGUGUAAGAAAAAUAAAUGAAAGAAACAGCAUCAUACAAUUGCCUAUCUCAGCCUACUAUAGAAUUCCUUUCAACUCCCAUCUAACAACAGGGAAUUAGAAAGGUUUUGAGGAUUUUUUAAGAAAUUAUUUGCUCUGAACGUACAUUUGCUUCCUUUUAAAAAAAUUGAAUUAUAUUCUGACUGCCUAACCCUAGAAACAACUGGUUUCUAGAACUUUUAAAUGUUUUCUGAUUUACAGUUAUCAGUUUGGUUAGUGAUUAUUACAACAUAAUUGUAGCCAUUUUUAGAAAGGAUUUUCAAUUUGGGGAAAUGGGGGUAGAGGUCUGUGUUGAGGAAACAUUAGGACUUAUUCCACAGUCUAAAUUCCUAAUCCCCACCAAGGGAAUUUUGCUGUUAGCUUAUAUACAUUAUAAAAGAAAAUGACAAUUACACAUUCAAAUUUUAAAGUUUAGGGUUUUUUUUUACAACCUACUUCUUGAGUAAGUUGAGGGUUUGCUUUAUGCCAAUAUCUAGCUUUAUAUAUUCAUAAUUUUUAAAUAUAUGAAUAUAUAUGUGUGUAGACACAUUGCUACAUAUCCCUUAUUCCAUCUAUUAUCCCUAUUCCAUCCAUUUAUGAAAGAAGAAAAAUUUUUUUGUGUGUUGGAUAUUGGUGGUCUGUUGCUUGGCAUAUGACUUUUGAUUUACUCAUAUAAAGGAAAACAUUUCAUAUUUCAUAAUCUUAAGUCUUGUUCAUUUUCAGGUAUCCUCAAGAAGAUAGAUCUAGGCAUUCUAAAUGAAACUGUAAAAUUUUGAAUAAUGGAAACCCUUUACAGAAUUACUUAAGUCUUGUUGCUUUAAAUGUAUUGUCAAACCAAUGAGUUCUAGUACUGUAGUGUGGAGUGUAAAAAGGCUGUGUUUUUUUUUUUUUAAGCAGUUGUAGUUCUGGUUGUGAUUAAGUAAUUGGUGUCUGAGUCCUAACAGAUAGAAAUGUGGUAUCUGCUCAUUAAUUAUGUGCUUGUUUUACAAUAUGAGGCUGCAUUAAAACAGAUAUUGCACAAA